CAUCAUUCGACUAUCUUAUCACCUGAACACCGCGACAACAAAACACUACCUAGGUAACAAAGAAACUUGGUAUCACCCUCCACCUCCCCCCCACCAACUUCAGCCUCCGCAAGCUGACGAGGUCGCCAUUCUUUCUUCUACGUGUGCAUCGUGUCCCGGUCGGGCGUUUGUGCCAUGAUCGCCUCUAAAUCAUAAUUCCUAUUUGAUACCCUUUAGCGUCCAGACCGCCACCCUGCAUAUUCUCUACUCCAUACCUACAUAUCCUUACCUAACUCCAUCUCCACUCUUCCUCCGUCUGGUGGCCUCGAAAACAGCUUGCUUGGCUUGGAGUUGGCAGGUUAGGACCGGUCUAGCUUGACAAACCAACCACCUGAGUAGUUCGCCUAGAUCGCCUUGAUCGUCUUAGUCGCCUCUUGUAACAUCAGCCUGCAGCAACUGGUCCUACCUUAUCUACUACCUCCUACGUCAAAGAAUUCUGUCUUCCGCCGACAUGGCUCCCGAUCUCAAUUCAUUACCACCAUCCUCACCAUCAUCUGCACGCCCACGCAUUAUGACCUCCUCAAAUGGUAACGGAGACUCUGCCGUACGCGGAGAGUCAGCUUCGCCUUCUCCGAGGUCCGCAUCUAUUUCGUUGCAAGCUGCCGCCACUAUGAAUGCCGGUCUUCAACAUGAACCUAUGCGACGAUCCUCCAGUAGCUCCCUAUCACGACACCGACAAUCACCCCAGAUGGGUAGGCGCCGCUCCGCCGUCCUUAUGAACCUACAACUCAACGACCCAUCCGUUCCUGGCCCUGGGGAAAUGGUUGCGGAGGGCGGUGGAAGCGUACACAGUACCACGAGCCCUCAACCAAUGUCAGCAUCUCCACUACUUACCGGCGGCGAUCCUCACCAUAAUAGGGCUCCAAGUCUCGGAGAAUUACAUCAAGAGCUUGAGGCAGAGCAAGAGGCACAAGUGAAUCGACUGUUACAAAUGAUUCGCCAACAGCAACUCCAGUUACAGCAGCUUCAAGCAGCUCAAGGUCAGAACCAAACGGCUAUAGCCACCGAAGAUGCGACUCCUACUUCGGAGAGAUCUACUUCGGUAACGCUACCAAAUCCGGUCACACAACCAGCGUAUCCUCCCGCAUCAACUUCUGUGCCCCGUUCACCGGUCUUGUCCCACCCUCGUUCCUCAUUCGAUAUGGCUCGUGAUGCCCUCCACCGCAGAUCCAGAACACCGAGCCGUGGCGCUCCCUCUCCUAGGAUGAGAUCGACGUCAAUCAGUGGGGAAAGUGGAGAGCCUCAUCUAUCUGGGGUCCGAGACGAAAGUGCCUAUUAUCAGGCCGAGACACAAUCCCUAGUUCGUGAGAACCAAAUGUUGCGCCACAGAAUCAGAGAACUCGAACGCCAACUUACUGAAGCCCAUGCCAAUACAACUCUAACAAGAGAACCAACGCACCACUCACAACUCACGCAAUCUACAUCGAUGUCUGAGGAAGAAGGUACAGCGGGUUCAUCAUCUGCUGUUGCUGCAUCCACAAGUACUAUCCAGCCCACUGCAGUUGCGGAUACCCCAAAGGACGAAUAAGGGGUAUUUGAUUUAUGGUGUGUAAAAUUACGGGACGGUUUGGAGGCGUUCGGUUGCUUUACUCGCCUUAACCCGACGAGUUAGUUUCUUUCGGUAUUCAUUUUGGUCGAGUCAUCGGCGUUAGUGGAAAGGUUGGCAUGGAAGAUGCCAGUCGAGAGGGGAUAUGAUAUAACGAAACAUGGCAUACAACAGUCUUUCAUGGCAUUGUUCCCCGAUACAUCGCCUAUCCCUAGCAUAAGCAAUCCUCUCUUCUCUGGGAAGGGUCUCGGCAA